CAAUCGCGCUUGAAUUCAUCUUCUUAUUCCUUCAUGUUUCCCUCAUUACACGACGCGCUCUAUUUUUCCAAGUUUGCACAACCUUCUAGCGACACAUUCCAAACCAUGGAAACCGCUAUUGCUGAACCUAAUCCCGUCAUCGAUAAAUCAAACGGCAUCGAUAUCCAGGUUGCUGAAAUCAGUGAUGCGGACAUGGACUCGCCCAAUUCUGAACAGCGAAAGAACGAUUGGCGCCGCCCUUCGCUCUCUCGCGCCGCCAGUCCUACUGGAUCUGUAAUCUCAGGCCGGUCUAUGAGCAGCCGCCGUUAUGUUAGCGGUUCCCGUUCCAACUCUUUCCACUCCUCAUACCAACAUGAGUUCUCCAAGGAGCUCACAGGCCAGGCUGAGAGCAAGUUCUUCGCUCUCAUGGAGCUCAUGGCAUCGGCUUCACGCGAAGCAUCUUCGCUGAAAGAGGUCUGGUCCAAGAUUCUCUCCGAGCGUGAGUCGUGGUCCAUUGAACGUACCAAAUUCUGCGCAAGAUUCGAGGAGUAUGAACGUACGAUCAAAACCUAUGAGCACAAGCACAAAGAGUACGAGCACCACGGCCACGAACACGAAGAACGCAAAAAAGAAGUGUCCAAGUUGAAGCUUGAGAUCACUGCUUCCGCAAAAAGUGUCGCCGAGAUUAAAAGGAAACUGCAUGAGCGCGACAGUGAGCUUGAUACCUACCGAACCAAGGUUUCCAAGCUUGAGGAGCAGUACACAUAUUCCAAGACACAACAUGAAAAGACGAAGACCGAGUUACAGGAGACGCAAGUGGCCCUUAUAUCCUGCGAAGAGGCUCGUGAUUGUGCGCUUGUCGACGUGCGCAAGCAUCAGAGCGAAACCCGAAGCAUCACGCAAAAGUAUACUCAGCUGCAGAGUACCCAUAGCGAGCUCACCACCAAGCAUGAAUCUACUAUCCGCGAGCUCACCUCCGUCAGGGAGUCACUCGAAAUUUUCAAGAAGAAGAGCAAAGAGUGGAUGCUCGAAAAAGGUGAACUUGAAGAAAAGUGCCGCAAGCACCAUUCCCACUGCGAAGAGCUCAAACGCAAAAUCACGGAAGUCACCGAAGAAUACGAGGCCAAGGUCCAAGAGAUUGUCAAAAUAAAUCAAAUCGUCUCCACCUUGGAGAUGGAACGCAGCGAACUCCGCCGCAAGUGCGAGACAUGGCGCAGCAAGCACGAGGAGUCACACCGGGGCUGGGACAGAUGUCAAGAAGAAUGCGGACAUCUCAAAGUCAAAUGCGGCAACUUCCAGUCUGAAAUCGAAUCGCUCACGGAAUCCAUCCGCCUCAUCCGCAUCGAACGCGACGAGCUGCAGGAGACUGUCUCCAAGAAGACCGAAGAGCUCCGCCUCCGCAUCACCGAGAUCGAGCGCAUCGAAGAAGAGCGCCACGAGCAACACCAGCGAGCCGAGCAAUACCACCGUCAGAUCCAGGUCCUCCAAGAAACCGUCCGCCGCCACGAAACCACCAUUGAAACCAAGACCGAAGAAAUCAAAACCUACACCGAACGCAUUCAUGAAAUCAAAACAGAAUGCACGCGGUACAAGUCCCGAUGCCACGAGCACGAAGAAUCCCUCCGCGUUCUCAACGAAACCGCCGUCACGCUCAAAGCCGACAUCGAACUCGCCAUCUCCGAGCGCGAGUCCUGCGCCGCCAAACUCCACGAGUGCGAAACGAAAUACAAGGAAGUCACUGAGACUAUCACGGAGUAUGAAGAGGGUGGCAGCGAGUGGGAGUACGAGAUCGAGUCACUUCGUACUAUGCUGCGCGAGGCCAGGGAGCAUAAGGAAAAGGCUAUUGUGGCGCGCAAUGCGGCCGAUCGCGAGCGCGAGGAGGCUGUUAUGCGGUAUGAGGAGAAGUGUCGUGAGAUGGAGAGGUAUGAGGAGAGUAUGAGCAUGCAUCUGCAUGAGCAUGGGCAUGGGAGGCGCUCGGGUAGCAGGACGGUGACGAGGGAGGUGAGCUAUAGCAGCACGGAGGUGAAUGGGAGCUCGCAUGCACACGGAGAACAUGACUAG